GAUUGGAAGCUUGCAAAGGAAUUCACACUGGAUGAAAAUCAUUUCCUGAAGCUGGGUCUGUUCCAGGAACUGUAACCCAAAUGUUUCUCUGUCCGUGGAGGAGAUUUCACAUUUGAAGAAACUUCUACUGAAGCCAGUCGUGUCCCAUCACCAUGUUCUGGAAGUUUGAUUUGAACACAACGUCACACGUGGACAAGCUGCUGGACAAGGAGGAUGUGACCCUGGAGGAGCUGAUGGACGAGGAUGACGUCCUGCAGGAAUGCAAGGCCCAGAACCGGCGGCUGCUGGACUUCCUGUGCCAGCAGCACUGCAUGGAGCAGCUGGUCACCCUCAUCACCCACGAGCCCCCCGUGGACAUGGACGAGAAGGUCCGAUUCAAGUAUCCCAACACGGCCUGCGAGCUGCUGACCUCGGACGUGCCGCAGAUCAACGACAAACUGGGCGGGGACGAGACCCUGCUCAACAUCCUCUACGACUUCCUGGACCACGAGCCCCCCCUGAACCCCCUCCUCGCCAGCUUCUUCAGCAAGACCAUCGGGAACCUCAUUGCACGGAAAACAGAACAGGUGAUCUCAUUUUUGAGGAAAAAGGACAAGUUCCUAAGCCUGGUGCUAAAGCACAUCGACACCUCUGCCAUGAUGGACCUGCUGCUGCGCCUCAUCAGCUGCGUGGAGCCCACGGCGCUGCGCCAGGACGUGCUCAACUGGCUGAAUGAAGCCAGGAUUAUCCAGAGACUCGUGGAGCUGAUCCAUUCGAGCCAGGAUGAGGAUAGGCAAUCCAAUGCUUCCCAGACCCUGUGUGACAUCAUCAGGCUGAGCAGAGACCAGAGCACUCAGCUUCAGGAUGUCCCGGAGCCAGAUCCACUUCUCACAGCACUGGAAUCGCAGGAGUGCGUGGAGCAGCUCCUCAGGAACAUGUUCGACGGGGAGCAGAGCGAGACCUGCAUCGUGAACGGAACCCAGGUGCUCCUGACGCUGCUGGAAACGCGGCGCUCCGGGGUGGAAGGCCUGAUGGACUCGUACACUCAGGGAUUCGAGAGGUCUUACACUGUCAACAGCAGCAUCCUGCACGGCAUCGAGCCCCGGCUCAAGGACUUCCACCAGCUGCUGCUGCGCCCGCCCAAGAAACCGGCGAUCCUGACCACGCUGGGGGUGCUGGAGGAGCCGCUGGGGAACGCGCGGCUGCACGGCUCGCGGCUGAUCGCGGCGCUGCUGCACGCCAACACCCCCAGCAUCAACCAGGAGCUCUGCAGGCUCGGCACCAUGGACUUGUUACUCGAUUUAUUUUUUAAAUACACGUGGAAUAACUUUUUGCAUUUCCAAGUGGAGCUGUCCAUAGCGGCCAUCCUGUCCCACUCGGUGCACGAGGGGAAGCCCAGCCCGGGGGAGCCGGGCAGCAAAGAGGAGGCUCCGAGCGGGAGCGCGGCCCCGGAGCCCGCGGAGCCCGCGGAGCCCGCGGAGCCCCCGGCCGGAGCCACCGAGAACGUCAUGGUCACCCACCUGUUCCAGAAGUGCUGCCUGGUGCAGAGGAUAUUGGACGCCUGGGAAGCCAAUGACAAAAUCCAGGCAGAGGGCGGCAGGAGGAGAGGGAACAUGGGGCACCUGACCCGCAUCGCCAACGCCGUGGUGCACAACAUGGAGAAGGGCCCCAUGCAGGCCCAGAUCAGUGACUUCAUCAAAGAGCUGCCUGAGGACUGCAGGGGCAGGUGGGAGAGUUUUGUGGAGGAGACGCUGACGGAGACGAACCGGAGAAACACGGUGGAUUUGGUGAGCACCCACCACCUGCACUCCUCCAGCGAGGAUGAGGACAUUGAAAGCGCUUUUCCCAACGAGCUCACUCUCCAGCAGGCCUUCUCCGAGUACCAGAUCCAGCAGAUGACGGCCAAUUUCGUGGAUCAGUUUGGCUUCAACGACGAGGAGUUCGCAGACCAGGAUGACAACAUCAACGCUCCCUUCGACCGCAUCGCCGAGAUCAACUUCAACAUCGACGCCGACGACGACAGCCCCAACGCCUCCCUGUUCGAGGCCUGCUGCAACGAGCGCAUCCAGCAGUUCGACGACAACGAGGAGGAGGAGGAUAUCUGGGAGGAGAAGGACAUCUCCUACGCAACCCAGGUCAAGUCCAGGACACGGUUUGGAGCAUCACAGACGUCAGAGAGCUCCAAGAGUGACCUGGAGAACGGGGACCACGACGGCAGCGUGGACUCGGAGGAGGAGGAGGAGCGGCCGCCACCCUCCCCGCGCAAGGGCAGCACCCCGGAGCAGAAGGACUCGGACUCCUGCCAAGGGGCUGGCUGGACGGCCGUGUUCGAGCCCGCGGGCCCCACGCCGCCCGUGGCCAUGGACGUGGGCUCCAGCGUGUGGGACUCGGCCGCCCCGCAGAGCAGCGCCCCGGAGGAGAAGGGCUGGGCCAAGUUCACAGACUUCCAGCCUUUCUGCUGCUCCGAGUCCAACCCUCGCUGCAGCUCCCCCGUGGGCACCGAGAGCAGCGGCACCGACGGGACCCCGGCGCAGGGCCAGGACAAGAACUCCAGCACUGCUGCCUCUCCCUGUGUGUGGAACGCGUGUGGGACGCGGAAGGCGCCGCUGGUGGCCUUGGACAGCAGCUCCUCGGGCAGCUCCGAGAGCGACGACGACGACGACGACAAGGCCAAGGCUGGCACGGGAUCCACGGCGCAGGAGCCCAGCAAGGACAGGGCAGCUCCCUCCAGCGGCUCUGACGGAAAGGCUCUGGAGACGCUUCCCGCGGCCGACGCCGCGACGGCCGCUGCCCCCCGAGGAGCCCGGAACAGCGCGGCCACGCACACGGACGGGCACCAGAGAGUGGCCACUGCUGUCACAACUGCCACAGAAACGGCCACGAGAGACAGGAGCGACGAGCCCUUGCCCUGUGCCGAAGCCACGUUGAACGGCCCCGCUUGAUGCCGCCGCCGCCCUGGGACGUGUGUGAGCCAGGCCAGGCUGCUCCCUGGUGAUGCAAUUUGUCAAUUCUUUAUUAUUUUUUUUUUCAUUUUAAUUUUAUUUUUUAAUAAAUGCUGCAUUGAUGAGAGCGAGCUGGCGUUCAGGACCAGACACGCAGAUCCAACAGCACCGAUCCGUUCGGAAAGACACUCGGCAUUGUCGAAAUGUAGCAUUGAGUUCAGUCCUCACGGGAAUGACGGGCUCUUCCCAAGCCUUCUGCCUGAUCUGAGUUGUCCCCUUCCCCGUGCCCCUGGUUUUUGUUUUGGAUUUGGGGUUCAGUGCUGUUUUCCCAGUGUUAUUGCACACAGUAUUCAGCUUCUCUUGGGAAGGUAGCAGGUCCAGCGGCGGCCGGGGCCAGCGCACAAAUCCCGCAGCCGUGUGACCAAAGUUCCUGAUGGAGCUGUCCUCGGGCAGCCUUUGCACCGCUUUGUAGAGCAAUAAAGCCUUACCAGAAACAUUUCACAGGAGAGGAGGAAUGCCAACACUUCCGUGGGGGGAGCAGGGAGGGCUUGGAUUGGGUUGGCAGGGCCGAGGCCGGGGAUGUCCCUGCAUUCCAGCACUGCUCCGGGCUCUCCAUGGACACGUGGUGGAUCAGGGCAGGGGCUGGGCCGGCUCGGAGGUGGCAUCUCCUGCCGAUGUCCGUGCUGGCCCCCAGGGGACCCUGCCCACGGGGAGGUGACCAGGGUUUUGCUGGCUCUUUGGAGACUGAAUUAAUGUAUUUGCAAAUGAUGAUGGAAAUCCUUUUUCUGUUUGUUUUGUUCUGUUUUUAAAGUUUUUAAUGGAUGCAGGAACAGCAACACUUUUGCACUUUGUACCUGGUGAUGACAGCGUUGGGGGGGGGGGGGCAUGGGAGAGCCGUGGGGACAUCCGGAUCCCUCAGGGGGGAUGGGAGAGCAGGGCCAGGGGAGGGGAGCGCCUGGAGCUGGGAUGUGGGAUGUGGGGUGUGGGAUGUGGGAUGUGGAAUGUGCCCAGGCUGGAGCCCCGCUCCCGGGAAUGCCAUGCCGGUGCCAGGCUCUGAGCUCACUGCCAGCCCAGCCUGGGGGGCACAUGAGGGGCACUGGGGGGGGUGGGGUUGGGCCACCUGGGGCAGCUGAGCUGGAACCCCCGGGAUGUGGAAUCCUGAGAAAUCCUCCCUUUGGAGCAAAGCCUGGAGCUUGGCACACAGGGAGCCAGACCGCUGCUUUGGGAUGCAUUCCCGAGGGUGGGAAGCACCUCACAUCCCCAGCAGGGCAGCCUGGCUGCCCAAAAUCCCUUCCUUGUGCUGUGGUGUCUGCUCGUGGGAUGUCCUCCCCUGGGCUGGGAGGGCAGUGAGGGGAGCCAGGCGUUCCCACUGGGGCUGCCCCCUGGGUCCCUGUGUGCCAGGGGAGCAGGGGCUGGAUCCCAGGAGCUGGCUGCUGGAGGUGGCUGGCAUCCCGGAGGGCACUGGGGCUGUGGGCCACUCGUGUGCUGCUGGCAGGGCUGGGCUGUCCCCCAGCCCCCAUUCCUUGGGAAUCAGGUGGUGCAGGGCUCUUGUUCUGGAAGUUUUCACUCGCUGAAUUAAUUAUUAAAUUAAUAAUUUAAAGUUAAUUGCACUGGGAGGGAAAAAUAAUCUCACUUUGUGCUUUGCUUCCCCUGCUUGGUGUUCGGGGAUCAAUCCCACUCCAGCCAGGACUCUCAGACAAGAUCAGUGGCUUUGAGGUCCUGACUGGAGACACAUUAAAGUCUUAAUUUUCCAAGGAUUGGUGCUAGAGUUCUGCUGUACAUCAGGCAUUCCUGGGGCCCCACAGCUGAUUCCAUGGAAGCUGAAGGAUCCAUGUGCUGGUACAGCCUGGCUGGAUCCUGAGGGAUGGCAGGGUGCCCUUCCAGCCUGUUCCCCUGCCUGCCCCAGGGGCAGCUGUGCCCAGAUCCGUGUGGGAAUGUCCCACAGCUGGAUCAUCCUUCCAGCUCGGACCCCUUCCCGUGGGAGCAGUGCUUUGGGUGGGGUGGGGUCACAGCAGGGACAGGACAGGGCCUCCACCCCCGAGCUGCUGAGCUUUGGGAGCAGUGGUUCCACCUGGACAGGGAUGGGGCAGCAGUGACCCCACGGUGGCUCCCAGAGAUGGGGCUGGCUGUGCCUUCUGCUGCAAUUCCAGCCUGGCGUUCCUCAGCUUUGGCUUCGAGUCCCUGAGUGUCAGUGAGAGCUUUAUUAAUAAUAAUUAUAUUAAUAAUAAUGAUUAUUAUAAUAAUAAUAUCCUUGGGCAUAUCCAGAUCUGAACGCAGCUCGUUACUGGGGGCUCGUUAGUGGGUUAAUUUAUUACUUAGUGCUGAGACACAUCACUGGGGCUUGGUCAGGCCUGUGGAGAUGCACAAAUUCCAUGGGUUUGGUGCCUGUGGAUGAUCCCUCCACGGCUGGGAUUGGGGCUCUCAGCUCAUUCCACCUCUCCACUCCCUGGGGUCGUUCUUCCCACCAGCCAGGGGCUGACCCAGACCUGGCUCCGGUGCUUUUGUGGGGAAACCAGGAAUGGGAAUCCUUCUGAGGCAGAGCUUCCCGUCCCUCCGGAGACACAGGGGUGUGGAGGGCUUGGGGUGUCCCACCUGGGUUUUCCUUCUCCCUGUGCUCCAGAGAAGGGUUUCUAGGGCUGGAGCAGCAUCUCUUGGCUUCUGAGGAUGGAAUUCUCUGUGUCCCCUGAUCCCCUGGCCCUGCUGGGCUCCCCCCAAGUCCUGCUCCACGCUUCCCUCAUGCCUGGAAUCUCCCAUUGCACAGGGUGGGGCUGGACACGGAUCUGUGUCAUUCCAGGGACAUUCAUCCACACGCACUUGGAUCUCCUGAGAACCCUGGGAGGGGGGCACUGGGAGCAUGAGGAGCUGGCUUUUUAUCUCCAGGGUCAAGAGCAAAAGCAGCAAGGCCAGGUUCCUGGGGCAUGGUUCUGGAAUGUUCCUUGCAGUGGCUCUGCCUGCCUGGGCGUUGAUCCAGGGAUCCGGUGAUCCCGCUGUGCCAACUGCUCCAGAGUGGGAUGGGAGGGGAGGGGAGUGGGCUCCUGGGCACAGUUAGAGCUAAACUCAUCCCUUUGGCCAGUCCCAGGUAAUUCCUGGAUGGUGGCACGCCUGUCCCUGGGGGGAUGUGGGGAGAACGGGCUCCGUGGGGAUGGGAAAGCCCCGUGGUGUUGGGAGCGUCCCCAUCCCUGUCACAUCGGGUGCCCCUUCCCAGGCUCCUGUGGGGGCAGCUGGGUGCAGAGCUGGAGGGCUGGGAAUCCCAAACCCCAGCGUGUGUGGAGCUGUGAUCCCACGGCAGAGGGAGCAGGGUGCUGGGAUUGAGCAUUCCUGGGGCUCGGGCUGGGGGGCUUCCGUACCCCCUCAGUCCAGGGGCAUCCAGAGUUCCCUGCGUGUCCCAGAGGGAGUCCUCUUCCCACUGCACCCUGCACCCUGGAAGGGCAGCCAGCAGGGAGUAUUCUGAUCACUCCCUCAGCAAUUCCACAGCCAAAAACUUCUAUAAAACAGAAUUCCCUCUCUUCUUGUGGCAGGCAAAAUCCCGGGUCUUUGUUGGGGUCCUGUGUCCUCAGCAAAGCCCAAGGGAAAUUCCCCAAGUGUCCCAAGGCUUUGCUGUCCCUGGGAUGGAAUCCCAAGGUUUCACCCCGAGGUUUCAUCAAGGUGGGCAGGGAAUGGAAACCCUGAGGGGCACAGAUUGGAAAAAAAAAAGAAAAAAAAUCCC